AUGGCCGCCUCCACCCUGUCCGUCUGCUCCAGCGACCUGAGCUAUGGCAACCGCGUGGACGACUGUCCAGAGAGCUGCUGCCAGCCCUCCUGCUGCACCUCCAGCUGCUGUCCAUCCACCUGCUGUGUCCCCAGCUGCUGCCAGCCCUCCUGCUGUGUCCCCAGCUGCUGCCAGCCCUCCUGCUGUGUGCCCAGCUGCUGUCAGCCCUCCUGCUGUGUCCCCAGCUGCUGCCAGCCCUCCUGCUGUGUCCCCAGCUGCUGUCAGCCCUCCUGCUGUGUCCCCAGCUGCUGCCAGCCCUCCUGCUGUGUCCCCAGCUGCUGCCAGCCCUCCUGCUGUGUGCCCAGCUGCUGCCAGCCCUCCUGCUGUGUGCCCAGCUGCUGCCAGCCCUCCUGCUGUGUGCCCGUCUGCUGCAAGCCCGUCUGCUGCACACCUGUCUGUUGCACACCCGUCUGCUGCAAGCCUGUGUGCUGUGUGCCCGUCUGUUCUGGGGCUGCCCCCUGCUCAGCCCCCUCCUGCUGCCAGCCCACCCCCUGCCCCUCAUCUUGCUGUAGACCUUCUUCCUGCAUGUCCGUUAUCUGCCGCCCUGUGUGCAGACCCGCCUGCUCCUCCUGCUGUGCCCCCACCUCCUCCUGCUGCCAGCCCAGCUGCUGCCGCCCGGCCUCCUGCGUGUCCCUCAUCUGCCGCCCUGUGUGCUCCCGCCCGGCCUGUUGCAUCCCUGCCUCAGCCCAGAAGACCUGCUGCUGA